CAAUAAAACAGGACCUCAAACCAUCUAGUAACAAUAAAUAUAAAUACCUAAUAAAGUCCAAUCCAAAUGCUCCUGACCGAAGCCGUACAGCCGCAUCGAGAGAUAUCAGCUAAUCCCGUUUCGGCGAACCAACUCCUUUUUCCACCUCUACAAAACCAUCACCCUCAAGCGCAGCCUCUAUGUUCUCCCGUCAACUCACCGGAGUAAUCUCCAAGCCCAUUGUCACAGGCGUGCGAACAACCAUACCCCACCGCCUCUACUCAAGCCCCCCGAGAUCAUCGCCACGACCACCACCCGCGCCCCAAUCCCGCUCCAAUUUCCCAGUCAUCCCCAUCAUCGCCCUCCUCGCAAUCAGCUCAGGCGCCUACGUCCUCCUAGUCAAAUCCCGCACCGGCCAAGCCCCAACCCGCAAGGAAUUCUAA